GUUACAGUGUUCUUUCGUCGUGGGUGUAAGAUUCUUGGAUUUUACAACUAAUUUAAGCUCUUAUUUUCGUGACAAAAACGUCGAAUGUGUUGUGGUUAAAAUGGCCUGGUUCAAGCGUACAUUAUUACCGAAAAUGGCUGAAAAUUACCGUUUAUAUUUCAAGAUAGGCCGCUUGUUUCCAUAGGGUACGAGUAUACCUAGUACGUAGUAGCCUAUAGCGUAGAAUCUAAGGGUCAGCCACAUGCAAUGAUCUAUACAUAAACACAGAUUAUUGGUAUGAAAUAGUUCUUGAGAAAACUUGACGAAGAUGGAGGAAUGUGUUUCAGUGAUAUUGGAUCAGUUGUUCUCUAGGUCAGUUGAUCAGAGGACCAUAAGGAAUUUAAAGAAGACCAUAGAAGACCUUCAGCCAUCUGCUCAGUCAUUGCUGGUAUCAGAAGUAGUCCAAAAGCUUGGUCAGUGUUUGAAGGAAGAUUCUGUUGCUGCUCUGUCUUAUGUUUGUCUGUUCUCCAGUGGAUGCCAGUUGUUGCAGCAGUGUGUAACAGACAGUUUGCCAGAUAUCAUAAAUUCCUGCAUUAGUGGAAUGCAGCCUGAUGUGAUGGAGAAUGACACAUCUAGAUUCCAUAUCUCCUCAAAGGCAGUCUAUGGGGUUCUGCAAAUCAUUUCCACAAAAUAUGACACUCCCUUGGAGAACCAUCCUCCAACCUUUCUACAUCAGUUGUUGGAAUUGCUUAUUUUUGCUGUUGCGGAUGAAAAUCUCCCAUCAGAUUGUGCUUUGAUAACAGGCACUUCAUUGUGCUUGGCUUUCACUAUGCUAGUAGAAGAAAACAGGCCCAGAAAAUUUUAUGAGCUUCUUAAGAUUAUAGAAAGUUACAACGGGUACCAUGAUAAAGAAAUGGCAAGAGUUUCUCUUGCAAAAUUACUUACUGUAUGGGAUGAUGAGAUAUGUUUGAGUGUAGGUGAAUUUGAAAUAUCUUUCCCAAUAGUAAUAACCGUCCAUGGGCUCUUGAAUUGUGGUGCUUCUUGGCUCUAUUCUGUUGAAAACUGCUCAUUGGCAGAUGAGUUGCUAAAAGCAAAUGCGGAAGGUUGUCAGAAGCACAGCUCUGAAGAAUGUGCUCGUGAUAGCAAAACUGGGCAUCAGAGUAUCAGAAGAUGUGGGAAUGAAGAUGCUUCAUUAAAAGAAGACACACAUUCUGAAAUAUCGCCCGGUAUGAAAUGUAGUGAAGGCUCCAUAAAAGGUGACAAAGACUGUGAAAGGGGAAAUGUUUUCUUAUAUUGUCUGGGCCUGCUCAUUAACAAAAUUUGCAGAGUUCCCUCAUCAUAUUCAUUUCAAGCAUUUCAGGCCCUUUUGUCUUGGCUUCAGAAUGUAAGGAAAAUGAUUAGAAGGUACAAAGAAGACUAUGGUCAUCAAAAACUUCAUGAUUCGUGUAUAGUAUCUCCAUCAAAACUAGUACUUUUUGCAUUUCAUUCAGAAAACGCCAGCAGCGUAUUUCAUCUUCUAAACUCCAACUGGGAAAACCCUUCAAAAGGUGUUUCUGAUACAGUGUAUAGUUGCAUGAUGGAGCUCUUGCAUCUUCGUGAGGAGGAAUCUCCUGGCCAAGCCAAAACACUUUCCUUGCAGAUGAUCUCCAAUCUUGUCAGCGUAGACGCUUGGAACUUGAAGAGCACUUAUCCUCCCUUAGCUCUGGCCAUGUCAUUUGUUGGAGCUGAAAUAGUUCUUCAGAAAUAUCCCUCCAUACCAGAGGGCCUCUAUAAAUCUCUCAUGGUAAAUUAUCUAGCCCCAGCUGGUACAAAUGUGUACAAAAUUAUUGUAAAUGAUGUGACAUCAUCAUCUUGGAGUAAAUACUUUCUUGAGGUUAUCAUGAAGGCUCUUCAAAGCUCUGACAGGGUCACAAGACAGAAUGUCCUGACAUUGUGGCUACCCAUAACGAUCCGACAGUAUCCAGAUGUAUGUGCCACUAUGCUUGACAAAUGCGUUCGGUCAUCUUCAGAGGGCUGGCUUGCUAGAGUGGCAGUGCUCAAAGUAGCAAGAGCUUGUGGUAGCAUGGACAUUGAGGAGAAUAUGGAGCUGUGCAUUUCAGCAAAAGAAGAAAAUGAAGAAACAUUCUUUGAAGACAUGUCAAAUAAAGGAAAGAAAUGUGAUGUAGAAGCAAAGCCGUUUUCAUUGGUUGUCCGAUGUGCCAUCAAUCACAUUGAUGAAAUGGUUCGAAGUGAAGCUUUGGCUUUUCUUUGCCAUACAAAGAAGGCCUCACAGCCAGUCACCCAGUUUGAAUCUGAGUUGUUGAAGGAAUUCUUUUCCUUGAACAUUAAUAUCGAUUCUGCUCCUUUUAGACAAAAUGUGAUCAGAUGUUACAAAGCUUUGGUUGUGAGACUGAGAGACUCAUGUGCUGCUGUGCUUAAAGCCCCUCCAUACAAAAAUGUGCCCAUCAAGAAGUUUGCUAACCUUGAUUUUAAAAAUCUCCCUGUCAACUCUACUUUGUAUAUUAACGGUGAACUGCUUUUAUGGUUUCUCUCCAAGUUUCAUUCAAACUUGCUGUCUGGUAGCAACUAUCAGCGUAGAAUACUGUCUCUACAGUUGUAUAAGGAAACUUUGCUGGCAUUUUUUGAAGCAGAAAAGGGGUCAGCAUUUACUGUGAGUCCAAGGUUCACAUCUGUUUGCUCAUUUUUGAAUUUACUUUCCAAAAUUGUUCAGAUAGACACGAAUGAUGCCUCAAAAUGUGUGAUGGACUUGGCUUUAACCUGGACAUAUGAGUCACUUGUCUUGUGUUCCCUUGAUGAAAUGGAUGACAUUAGAGAUGAAGUUGAAAAUAUUUUUAGAAUUUUGGAAUAUUCAAAGAUGAAGCCACAACAAGAGGAAGUUGGGAAGUGGUUACUUCUGGGACUGUCCUUAUGCAACUCUCCCAAAACAAGUGAUGUUGAAAGUGGAGCAAGCAUUGUCAAAAUCAUGUCAAGUCACCAUGAUCUGAAUAUUCCUUCCUUUUUAGAGGAAUAUGGUGGGUUUGAAAAACCUGGAAACUUUCUUUCAUUCUUGUAUAAUCGAGUUGAAAUUCAAUUUAGAGGCGCUCAGAAUAAUAUAAUGAUGGCAGCGAGAGAGGCCCCUAUUCAUGGAAGCUUACUGGCAUUAGGACGUUGUUUAUGUGAGACUGAUGGCAGCAGAAUUGUAGAAUCAACUGAAUAUUUACAAAAGCUGCUGAGAAAGUUGCUGGAACUUAUGGUAGAAAUGAUAGAGUUUAUGCUUUCUGUUUUAGCCAUUUCUUCCAAGAAUGGAUCAGCCAUUGCUCCUUCUUUUGCGGAGAUGGGGGAAUCAAUUGAGAUGAUGAUAAGGAAGUGUGAAAAUAACACAGAAGGAGCUGUGCAAGAGGCUACUGAAGCAGUAGGAUCUGAACUUGUACCAGAUUCUUCAGGCGAGGAUGGUGAUGAGGUUUACGAAUCAGAAACUGCGAUAUCAAGUGAUCAUGCCUUAAUCUUGGCGUGUUGUUGGCAGACUAUGAAGGUAUGCUGCUUAGUAUCAAGUAACUCCACAUCUCGUUGGACAGAAGUGCUUACCGAAGACCAAAUUGAGACGAUACUGCGCUCAGUCAUUAUCCGUGUGUUGACUGGAACACGCCACAAAGGGGCCAUGGAAGCUGCCAGAACAUGUUACAGUCAGUUGUGUGUGUUGCUUCUCAGUCCAAAUUCCAAAUUAGGGCAUUUGAUAUACAGACAGAUUGAUGACAUCUUGGAUCAUUUGAAAGCAGGAGCACAGACUUCCGUUACUCGCCGAGCUGCUGGUAUGGCCAUGAUGGUGCAAGUAGCUUGUGGUGCUGCACCAAGAAAUAACAGGGUGCUUAUAGACUCUACAGUCACGAGACUGAUGGAUAUCAUUGAGACAGAGUAUGAAGAACAGAACACGGUGGAUUCUCCCCCCGUCCUGGCCCUUCACAUCUUGCAUUCUUUAGUCAUCCAUGCAUCCUUGGCCCAUCAUCUUAUUCAGCACAUGCCGAACAUUACCAUGACUUGUCUGAAGGCUUUCACCUGUAACUCCUGGGCCCUGAGAAAUGCUGCUUUGCAACUUUACGGAGCUGUUGUUCCAAGGAUGGUUGGACAGAAAAAGGUUCGUGAUGAUUCAUCUAUGCUCAAUAGCCUUACUGCAUCCGAGUUCUUGGGUAGACAUGGUGCACUCGCAGACUUUCUCCUUCAGCUUCUAGAAAAUAAUGAAAAUAUCAGAAAGUCACAAAAAAGCCAAGAUAUAAGUGUAAAAGAUCCGGAAAAUAAUUUAGAUUCUAACAAGACAUUUUCACCAUCCUUAGCAGAUCAUUCUAAUCUGGUACCUGUACUAAGUCUGCUUGCAAGACUCUCUCCUGGCACAGGCUUACAGCAGAGUCUAGAGCUAAAGGAAAGAUUAAGUAAAUAUUAUAAUGUAACAAUUCUUUUACUUGGGUCUCAAAUUCACACUGUUCGGAGGUUAAGUGCACUUUCCCUUGUUGCUCUCACGCCAAGUGAACAAGCUGUUGUGAUGGUUAAGCGUAUGAUUAGUUCAUUAACACACGAGAGGUUGUCUGCAAAUGAAGUACAUGGUAAAUUACUUACUAUUAUAGAAUUUUUAGAUACCUAUCCUAACUUGGCAACUGAUGAUAAUGUGAGAGUACCUGUCAUUUCACUUGCCAUAAUGAUUUUGAAAUCUGCUAGUGCAUAUUAUAUAAUUGCCAAUACAGCCUUAAAAAUUUUAGAGACUUUGAAAGUUCAGAACUUAGACUUUAAUCUAGAUCCUACUAAUGUAUGUAAACCAGGGGCUCCACAGUUUGUGCUGACUGCCACAAAGUUAAAGAUAAUACAACUCUCUGAGGAAGAAAAGGAAAAAUGUGUGUUAGAAAUAAUUCUGUGUAAUCAAGCACUGGAAGAAUAUUAUCUGACAUUUUUGGAAGGUUUUAUUGAAAACAGCAAAAGUGAAAAGUGGAUGGAAAGGGUUGAAAUGACAAUUUGGCAGAAACUGGAAGAUUCUGAAAUCCUUAAAUCUGUUUUAGUGAGAAUCUUAUAUGUAAUACUAAAAAAACAAAGCAAUUACACAAAUCCAUCUGAAAAAUGUAUGGAAAAUUUAUUAAUUUUACUUCAAGGCUUUUCUGGGGCAAAAAUAGCUUCAAAAGUAUUGACAGUUAUAGCCUUUGUGAUCAAGGACCUCUGCAAUUUAAAGCAAUUUGACUCAGUAGUUAUGUGCAAAGUUAUAAAUGAAUUUUCCUCAGUUGUAUGCAAGUAUUCCAACCCAACUUCAACAGAAGACUAUCGUACGGAAGCAAGUACAGCUCUUACAAUAGCUUUUCCUCCACUCUUCCUUAGUCAGUGUUGUAUAGGCAUAUCUCCCAAAGAGCAGCUAAUUGUUGCAGUGUUAGAUUUACUGCAAGAUGAAGACCCGGUAAUCAGAGAUGCUUCAUGUCAUAUUGUGUUUCACCUACAAAAGUAUUUAUUACCUUAUUUAAUAUCCUUGAAUCCUCUGACUUUUCUCAAAAACCAGAUAGUACAAGAACUCGUACAUCCAAACCUUGCUCUUGAUUAUUUUCUUGAAAUUGUCAUCAUGUGCAGCCUUUACCAAAACAACUGGAAAGGGCUACAGGCCAUUUGGAGACUAGUACUGUAUGAAGAUAUAGCAUGUGAAUAUAAACCAAAAUUAAGCCUCUUCCAGUCACAAGCUGUUAACUUAUAUAAGGAACAAAAACAUUUUGGAACAAAAAUAAGAGAAGCUUUUGAAGAAAUAGUAAGAGAGUAUGUUGCUAGAAGAAAUAUGCAAAAUGACCAACCACCAGCUAAUGAUGGAAUUUCUGGGUGGGUCCUAGUAGAGUAUGAAGAAAUUAAGAAACAGCGCAAAGAACUUCAAAACUCUGUUAAAAAACAUGAGGACUGGUUAACUGACAGAAGGUUCCUUCUUGCAGAAGUAAUGUGCAUAAAAGCACAAGAAACACUGUUGUCAGUUAGCAAUAUCCUUGAUAUCAAAUUAGAUGUUGAGUUUGGUUGUUCAUUGCCUAUACAAGAGGGAAAACACUUUUGGUUAAAAUUAUAAUGGAAAUGCAUUUGUAAAAUAUUCAAAAUUAUUUAUGUAAAAUAAAUUAUUUUUAUAG